AUGCCGGACGCUGUCGCGUGGACCUCGAGCGGCCCCGCCCACCUCCACCUCCACGACGUCGAGGCCACUGCUCCGUCUGCUGCGUCUGCUGCGGGCCACGCGCACGCGCACUGGGAGCCCUACGACUUUAACGGCGGCACGGUGUUGGCCAUUGCCGGCACCGACUUUGUCGUCGUGGCUGGAGACACGCGCCUGAGCACGGGGUACUCGGUCCUGAGCCGCCACGAGAGCAAACUGCACGCGCUGACGCCCACGACGGUGCUCGGCUGCCCCGGCUCGCACAACGACGUGCUCCAGCUGCGGGGCGUGCUCGACAUUCGCGCGCAAAUGUACGCGCACGACAACAAGACGGCCAUGCGCGCGAGCGCCGUCGCGCAGCUGCUCAUGAACACGCUCUACUCGCGCCGCUUCUUCCCGUACUACGCGUUCUGCAUCCUCUGCGGCAUUGACGACGACGGCAAAGGCGUUGUCUACACGUACGACGCGAUCGGCUCGUACGACAAAGUGACGCGCGCGGCGCAGGGCUCGGGCGGGCACUUGAUGAUCCCGUUGCUCGACAACCUCGUGGAGCACGACACGCGGUCGGACCCCAAGAAGGAGCUCACGCUGCAGGAGACCAAGGACAUUAUCAAGGACGCGUUCGUGACGGCUGGCGAAAGAGAUAUUUACACGGGCGACAGCGUGGAGAUCUGGACCAUCAAGGCGUCGGGCAUUGAGAGCGAGACGUUUGCACUCAAGAAGGACUAG